CGCGGAGUUAAGACGCCGAAGCAUUUUGCAAAGCGACUCCUUGUGGGCCGCACAUCCGCGCGGCGUGCCGUUCUGCUUACCCCUUUUACUCUCUAAACAUUCUUUAUUUUUAUGAUUUAAUUUCGUGAAUGUAGUAAUAACAUUAAUAAUUAAAAACAUGAUGAUAGGUAUUAAAUUAAUAUUAUUUUGCCUAAAUAUUUUGGCGUCGAUUACCGGGAGUGUUUCCAAUGUUCGCAAUGGAUUUUCCGCAAGGGAUGGCGCACUCUACAUUGAUGAUGCAGUUAUUAUAGAUGCUCCUGUGAGCCGAGUAAGACGCCAUGAAUCGAACGGCACUCGAGACGCGAAGCAAAUGUUAUUAUUACAACUGAGACAGUCAGACGGCGAGUUUGGCUUGGAAUGUGAGACAACACUCGGAAAGAAGGGCACGUGUAAAAGCUUCAGAGACUGCUAUCCCCUAUUCAAAGUGGCUGAUUUAUCCGGAUGGGAUGGAUGGGUCAUGGGUCACUACGAUACAUGUAGCUAUAUUAACAAUGACAACACGGAGGUAUUUGGCGUAUGCUGUACAGAACCAGUAGGCACGCCUCCGCAGCAGGAACCUGAUGUUCAACGACUGGGUAUCCUUCCACAAGCUCUCCCCAUGUCAAUACCGCCUAUGCAUUUAUCUGGAUUUUCAAAUGGCAUCCUACCUAAUCUCUUCCAAAGUCACAUUAACGUUCGUCAAAUCCCAGCGCAGUGGCCGCCGACGCUGCCACCAUUACCAACACAUCCACCUGAUCACACUGCGCCGACGCACCCACCCUCAUUUGUUGCAGGCGUCACUACGAAGCCUCCAAGUGCUUCGAUUCCGGGCUCAACGACGUGGGCCACGAAACCGCCAAGUACUACAAAACAGACUUGGCCUCCAAUGUAUCCGACACAACCAAGUAAACCACCGACUAGGCCACCUACUAAGCCACAGCCCGCCCAUGACGGCAGUUGUGGGGUGAAAAAUGGCGCUCAAACUUACCUUCAAGAUGAGGAACGGAUUGUCGGUGGUCACAAUGCAGACUUGAAUGAGUGGCCAUGGAUCGUAGCUCUUUUUAACUCAGGCCGUCAGUUCUGUGGUGGAUCUUUAAUAGAUGACAGACAUGUCUUAUCCGCAGCGCAUUGCGUCGCCCACAUGACAUCGUGGGAUGUGGCGCGUUUAACAGCAAGACUUGGAGAUUAUAACAUCCACUCUAAUGCAGAAACAAGACAUAUCGAAAGGAAAAUAAAACGGGUAGUGAGACAUCGCGGCUUCGACAUGCGCACUUUGUACAAUGAUGUUGCGGUAUUAACUCUAGACCAAACUGUGCCUUUCACGAAAAAUAUUCAUCCAGUUUGUCUGCCCAGUGGAGGGAAGGCUUACUCGGGCCUCAUCGCUACCGUUAUUGGUUGGGGAAGCCUUCGAGAGAGCGGCCCCCAACCAUCGAUUUUACAAGAAGUGUCAAUUCCAAUUUGGGGUAACCCUGAAUGCAGACAGAAAUACGGCGCAGCAGCACCAGGCGGCAUCGUCGACCACAUGCUUUGCGCCGGUAAAGCCAGCAUGGACUCAUGCAGUGGUGACAGUGGCGGUCCGCUGAUGGUAAAUGAGGGAGGACGCUGGACACAAGUGGGCAUUGUUUCUUGGGGCAUAGGAUGCGGCAAGGGACAAUACCCGGGCGUUUACACGCGCAUCACUGCUUUCUUGCCUUGGAUACAAAAGAAUUCGAAGUAAAGAAAUAGGCGAGAAACACUAAGUUGAUAUAUUUUUUAUAAAUGAAAUUGCCAUAAACUGAUUGUGGCGGUCUGUGGAUUUUGUAUAUAUUUAUAUCAAUUGUUUUGAGAAAGACAAUUAAGCGUUCUUGCCUUUCUUAAUAAAUUGAAGAAACAAAAUACGCCACAAAUGUUCGAUUAGCCAUAAAUAUUUAAACUAAAUUAAAGACACGGAAAUGUGCCAAUUUGUGAAUAAAACAUUUCAUUACUUUA